CGUGACCGGGGUCACGGCGCGAUACCAACAGGUGAUGCCGAAGAAGGAGGAGGACACUCCCUCGAGCAGCAUCUCGUCGAGCGUCUCCCCCGGGUCCCGCCGCUGCCGCCGCCGCCGCCGCCGCCGCCGCCGCCGACGACGACGACGGUGAUUUAAUAUCGCUCUCUCGAGCUUAUCGCUUUCUCUCUCGCCCCGCACGGAUCGCCCGACUAUCCCCAGGAUUCAUUCAAGCCGGACUACUCGCCGCUCAGGAUAAACGCGCGGGGUUCGCGGCUUCAUUUUGCAGUUUCGAUACGCGUGAACAGUAUACAGAGCGGAAAAACAAACGGCGAAGACGGAAAACGUCACGGCGGGGAGACGCGGCGGAAAGUUUCGAUCGGUCGGAUGAUUUAGUGGGCAGGCGGCUCAUAUUGUGCUCCCCGAGCGCAGCUUCCCGCGCGCUUCUCGUUUGUACCCGCGGGAGCAACCGACAUACUCCGGGGAUGAUGUAGUUGCGCGGUUGACACGAGUGCGGGAGAUCGACGUGCGGACCCUGCGAUUCAGUGAGAUACCCCUCUGGACACGCUGGAUUUCAAGGUGAGCGAUUUUGAGAUCUUUCGAUAGCGGCGAGUGGAAAGCGAUCUUCAAACGUGCUUACGGUAGCGACGAUAAGGUGGAUCGAGCGAGUAAAUCUUCGAAAUCCCCUCGAAAAGCUCCGACUAUCCUUCCAACUCGGACCAACUGUUCCUGGCCGUUAAAUCUUGCAGGAGGGUCGUUGAAACUUGAAAAUCUCGUCGAUUUCCUGCGUCUCAUCUCCUGGGGCAUCUCCUGUUUUUGACCUACCGCGUACGCUGGCCGUUUGUCAAACGGAAAUAUCGACGAGCGUGCAAAUUAAAAGUAAACCCCCCGAAAGCGAUUCAAAAGGCAAAUUUGUAUGUGGAAAUACGAAGUACGAGAGCAAUGAGAUUAUCCGAUUACGGGAACGAGAUCGAACGGCGCGCGUGUAAGAUGAGAGCAACAACAAAAAUGCAAAAUUCUUUCCGAGAGCUGGAGAUGUCUCAUUGGCAGAGGUACAUUAAAACGUUUUAUAGGAAUACAUAAAAGAAUCCAAAGAGCAUUGUAGCCAGACAGGAUAUUUCACUGUUCAACGGGCCGCAUAACGGACAUCUUCACUUUAUAUAUGAAAUCAUUGAUUUCCUCUCGUUGCUUCGCUUUCAGAGUACGAUUGCAUGGUACUCUGACUGACUUAUUAAUAAUCGAAUCCCGAUUUCAAUGCAAUUUUUCCGUUUCGUUCGCUGCCCGCGAGAAAGCUAUCGAAUGCGCAACCAUCUGCUAAGAUUAAUCUCGGUCAGGACAGUCUCUUCAUUGCCAUUAUACGAACGCAAGCAAACACGCACAAAAAUACUUUCGCCCCAAGUGAGUACAAUCGCCUCGGAUCACGAGCUGACUUAGAAUUGCAAUAAAAUUAAAUUACACCAACAGUGUCGAUACGCUCGUCGUGCGUGGCACGAUUCGAGAGAAAGUUGUACGAGGCGAUCGGCGAGGAUCGCCGUCAUCGUUAAAUCGAACGGUUCACGUCACAGCUGUCUGAGGAACAUUGACAGGUGGCAUUAGAAAGUUUAAGACGGUUUAAUUAUACCGCGAGGAAUGACGGAGGCGAGAGACACGACGCGAGGAUGAAUCGCCCUGGAUAUCACCGUGUUUUCUCAGUUCACCCGCGCAACACGUGUCGGAAUAAAAAUAAAGCCGCGUCGAUGCUCUCCCUCGGGUACGAUGCCCAAAAUUCCCGAGUUUAUCGCGCCACAUCGUUGAUUAGCGGUUCGAAUUGUGCUUCUCGGAGUCUUCAUCGCAUGGAGUAACUUAAUACCAUAAUACUAUAAUAGCGGAACGUUAGAGAGCGAGGCGCGUGGGCGGCACGUUAAUUUCGAUGGAGCUUUGAUUCCGGCGUCUGAUACGUCGGUGGAGAGGAAAGUCAGAGGUGAAUUGUAAUCAUCGAGCUCCGAUUCUCCGGGCUUUGCGUGAAACGCAAAACACGAACGGGAUGCUGUGAUGAUCGGGAAGAGAAGGAGCACAGAAGAAGAGAGAUAGAAUCCGGGAUCGUAUGUUUCUGAGGCCUAAGGAUCUAGAAAACGUGAGGGAUGCCACAAGGAAGUAUUCAAUGGCAGGGGACGCAGAGAAGAGCUUGCGGGCCUGGGGCUAAUUGGAACGUGCAGGUGGUGAGAGGCAAGGUGACAACGCGGUGCUUGUGGCACGCCUGCAAAGCUCUUGGAAUUGGGCUGCUGCUAAUGCUUUUAGGAGCUUGCAUGGCGACCAUAGGAUAUUAUGCGGAUCAGCUGUCGGUGGCACAAGAAAUCAGAGGUAAUAUCACAGUAAAGGUGAAGAACGAGUCGCGCGGAUUUCACCUGAAUAAUCUGAGCUACGCUGGCCCUGUCGUUAUGGGUCUGGGAGGUUUCAUUGUAGUGGCCGCCUGCGUGAUGACUUUCGAAGCACGUGACAGUGCGGCCAAAGUGGUACCGGCUCGUUAUCGCUUCAACCAGGCAUCAACGCUCAGGAGUUCGAAGAGCCAACGCAACAGAAGAUCGACAUCGAGCCAAACGACAAAGUGGGACCAUCAGCUGGGCCUGUUCCGGGUGAACCGCAGCCCGAGCCCCAGUACGCACGAAGUCUCCAGGAAACAGCUGACGGCGGAGUUCAUGCAAUUCUCGAAGAACCUGCAGGAGAAAGGCGUGGCGCACUCCAUAAAGAAGAGCCCGAGUGCGCCAACGUUGAUCGACAAGAAGUCACCACGCCGUAGAUCGCCCAAGUACGCGGGUUGUUCGCUACUGAAUCCAGAAUUGCUGCAGAGACACGCUCUUUCGGUUGACAAUCCGAGCUAUAGCCCGCAUCAGGUCAGCCGAGAAAGCUUGGAGCAUCAAAAGAGUGGUAGUCAAGCUUCAAUGGCGAUGGACCUGCACAUUCCGAACAAAGGUCCUGUUACGCUCAAAGUGAAGGAUCGAUCUGACACAGCGAGACGACAUCAGCUGCUUCGUCAAACAAAAGUAGAAGACGUCGAGGAAGUCGAUGAAGCUACGCGACCAGCACCGACUCUUGUGCACUCGCCUAAAUUGCCAGGUGCCUAUUGCAGAUAUCCAGACGACUUCGUGCCAAGAAAGAGAAAUUCGAUAGACCUGAGAUUAUUGGAGGAAUUGACGGUCGUAUCGAAAGAAUUUGAUAAGGCCUCGCCACGAGACUUCCGCAAGAUUUCAUCACCAAACUUCCAUAAAAUGUCCUUUGACAGAAUCGGCAGUGAUCGUCGUUUCGAGAGAACAAUGGGACAUCGUAAGGCUAGCCUCGAGUUCCGAAGAAGUCCGGAUUUUCGAAGAGGAGACUACAGGAAACUUUCGAUAGACAGAUUCAGCGUCGAUUGUACCCGAUACAUGGUCGAGGAGACGGAAAUGAGAUCGCGAGCGAGCAGCGGGGAGAAUUUGCGAAGACAAUCGCGUCAUCCUAAGCUACAUCAUUCCAGAUCGGACGACAACAGGCGACGAUCCUUCGACAAGCAUUCAAGAGAUCCCCAAUCAAGCCGAUACUCCCUGAAUACUCAGGCGGUCGUGGAGGGUUCCGGAUGCGAUUGCGAGCCAAAAUACUUUACGACGGUGUCUCUCGACACCGAGGAGAGCCGCGGCGACAAUUCCGAUGAGAGUCACGUAGUAGAUAUCGAGGAAGCGAAUCCCAGCGCUUUGUCGUCCGACGGGCCUACGGAGGCUGACAUGCUGCUGGAAGAACCGGAAUUGGAGAACGUCACGGAAAUCGACGUGGAGAGCUCGGGGGAUGAUCUCGACGACGAUGGAAAGUGCGAAUCGCGCAAAUCUGCGAGCGAGAGGACCGAUACGACAACGUUACGAGGACAAAAUCCCACUAUUAUCGCCGACGACACGGACUCGCAGACGAUAGUUGACGAGGAAGCCGCGCACAAUUCGGGGCAAAUUGAGCAUGGGAAAUGCGAAACGACUUUGUACAUAGAGGAUGAUGAGGACGAUGAGGUAUGAGGAGCGAAAAAAUUUUUGAGGAUUAAAGAAUUAACGGACCCAGAUUAUUCUGGGGAAGUAACAGCGAAGUAACGGAAUUGAUGUUCAACAUUCAAUGACAAUGUUUCGCCAAAUGUAAAUUUGAGAAGAUCGUAAGGGAGAAUUUGGCAAUGACAGAUCGAUCGAUCCCGAUUGCCCGAACACGACGUCAUGUCGCGAAAAUCUGCUCAACGAUUUAAGACUUAAUCCACGGCAUAAAUAGAAACGAGAUCACGUACGAAUUGCGUUUUGUAAUGAGACAAUCAUUUUUUAUCGGCGUUUCGCUUUGCCUUUCGCACAAAGGUAACGAGGGUGUAAUAUUUGCCACAUCGAUGACAAAUAAUUGUUACCAAGAAAUUUUGACGUAGCACGUAGACGGUAAUAGAUCUAACAUAAAGUAUAAGAUUCGUUGAAAAGCAAACGUGAUUAAUCAUACCGAAGAGAUUUUUCUACUUGUAACGGAAGCUACGUAACGUUCACCUGUAAAUACGUUUCAGACUAACUCGUUCGAGCGUUUGUUGAAUCUGACGAUAAAGUCAGAAGGAUUUGCGUAGCGCGAUUCAAAAUGAAUCUUAUAUGGUAGAAAACAGUGUUGUUAGAAUAUACCAAAUGUCCCAAACGGCUGGCUUGUUUUCGGCUCUUAAUGUAAUAAAGAGAAAAGAAUAAUGCAGUCUUUUAACGAAAUAAAAAAAGACAAGAAUUGUAUCUCAAUAGCUUCAUUUUGCUUUAAUUUGCAUUUUGUGAAGUGCAUGGGUAAAUAAGAAAUU